UCCAAAAAUGUUUAUUAUGAAUCAACCUUAUUCAUAAAUUUUCGUUUGUUAAUUCAACUACAAAACAACAUGAACCUAUUUCGAUUUAUUGUAGCUAAAACUUUAUUCUCUACUUCUAUACUACGUUUUAUAUUUGUUGUAUUCUUGAUGGGUAACGGUGCUCUUUCCGGCUCCAGAAGCUCUAGCAAUAGAGGAUCACAGCGUAAACUUGUCGAAAACCUGCGUAGAAACAAUUUUGUUACCAAGGAUCGAGCAAUAUCUGCAUUACUUGCUGUUGAUAGGGCUAAUUUUGCGCCAACACGUCCUUAUGACGAUAUGCCUCAGUAUAUUGGUUACGGUGCGACUAUUAGUGCUCCUCAUAUGCAUGCAAUAGCCCUAGAGCAUCUUGUAGAUGUUAUUGGCGAUGGCUCUCAUGUAUUAGAUAUUGGGUCAGGAUCUGGGUAUCUCUCAGCAUGUUUCGCAAAGCUUGUUGGUCCGCGAGGAAAAGUUAUUGGUGUUGACCAUAUUGAGGAAUUAGGUAACUAUUUAUUUUUGGAUAAAAACUUUUUAUUUUCAGUGAAUACUUCAAUCGUCAAUGUACGUAAACAAAAUGCAGAUUUGCUCUCUUCUGGCCGGCUUCAUUUGUUCGUCGCUGAUGGUCGUUUGGGAUGGCCGGCUGCAGCACCUUAUCAGGCGAUUCAUGUUGGCGCUGCAUCAGAAGUACUUCCACGUAUUUUAAUUGAUCAGUUGGCGCCAGGUGGUCGAAUGGUUAUUCCAGUGGGCGCUUACAAUCAACAAUUUUUGCAAAUAGACAAAAUGCCCAAUGGAGAUAUUGUUAGGCGGAAUUUAGCAGAUGUCAAAUAUGUGCCGUUGACUGCUAGAGCUCUCCAAAUGAAUGGUGAAACUGCAACGAUGCAUUAA